CAGCGAGAGCGCGCGAGCGCUGCACCGAAUCCUUUCUCCCUCACCCUCCCGCGCCUGCCAUUCACUCCCACGCACACACGCACACACAAUGGCCGCCCGCUUCUCCGUCGCCCGCGCCGCCCGCCAAUUGACCUCGUCUGCCGCCCGCCCGCAGGCUCCCCGUGCGUGCCCGUGGCAGAAGGCCAGCAGCCAGCAGCCGCGGCUAUUCACGGUCUCCGCGCAGGUCAAGGAGAAGAAGUACACCGAGGACCACGAGUGGAUCGAGGCUUCGGCCGACGGCAAGACGUUCACGCUCGGAAUCUCUGAAUACGCCGCAAAGGCCCUCGGCGACGUCGUCUACGUCGAGCUCCCCGAGGUCGACCUGGAAGUCAGCUCGGGCGAGGCCAUUGGCGCCGUUGAGUCGGUCAAGUCUGCCUCGGACAUUCUCAGCCCCAUUGGCGGCACCGUCACCGAAGUCAACGACGCCCUGCAGGAGAAGCCCGGCAACCUGAACAAGGACCCGGAGGGUGACAGCUGGAUUGCCAAGAUUGCCGUGACCGGCGAGCCUGAGGGCAAGCUCAUGACCAAGGCCGAGUACACUGCUUUCACCGAGGACGCAUAAACUGCUUUUGUUGUAAACUACAACCUGCACAUGAGCCCAGCACUUCAACAAGCUUGCGGCUACCUUUUGAAACUAGAUCAUGUCCCUGAGAGUUGUACCCAAGAACAGGGCGAUGCAGGCUCCCGCGUCGACUUGGACACUGGCGAUUUGCUACCAGGUCGAUACGAGAGGCACGCAGACACAUGAGUCACCCUAGGGUCAACUUGAUCGUCUCGGAUUAGUGCAACUGCAGGCUUCAAUUUGACCUUCGCAUUGAGACGAAGGCCAGUCUAUGUUUACAAACAAAUAAGAAAUGUACAUAAAACUUUUUGCGACCCCGCCACCAUCUACUCUUCGUCCUGCGCAAUCUUGAUCACCACUUUG